GUUUAGCCACAUUGGACUCGCUUCCCUGUUUCCACCACUGCCAGCCGAAGACCAGACCCCCGCUAAUAGGACUACAACAUGAGCUCCACGGACCCCUUUCAGGAACUGGUUGACGGUCCCCGAUGAAUACUUUCUCCCAUUCCACCUACCUCCACUCCAGUGAGCACUUCCGCCAGCACUCCUUCCCCACCAGUGUAUGCCAGUCCCAUGGCCAAACCGGCGCCCUUCUCUGGCUCGGCGGAGGACUGCAACGGUUUCUUCUUGCAGUGUUCACUGGUCCUGGAGAUGCAGCCGCACCUGUGCCCCGACAAUUAAUCCAAGGUGACCUUCAUCGUAUCCCAAUUGCACGGAACGAGCACUCCAAUGGGCAGAAUCACUGUGGUCGCAAUAGGGACCAGUUACACAAUCUCUCAACACCUCCAUAACCCACUUCAAAGAAGUGUUCGGCAUUCCAGCAGGUGAUUCGUCGGCGGGUGAGCAACUAUAUCAGUUAAAACAAGGUUCAAAAUCCAUAAAUGACUAUGCAUUCAAGUUCCGGACUCUCGCAGCUGCUAGUGGAUGGAAUGAACAAGCUCUCAUAACCACUUAUCGCCAGGGGUUGGAUCCCAGGGUGCGGUUGCAUGUCACUGCAUACAAGGAAAUCAUCGGCCUCGAAUGAUGCAUCCAGCGCUCCAUCCAAGUUGCCACUUGUAUGCAGUUGUGUCUAGAAGAACACCAGGGCCAGUCACCAGUCUCACCAUCCCUCCGCCAGCCAGAGCCCAUCAGCCCUCCAGAACCAGAGUCCGAACCUAUGCAACUGGAAAAUAACCGCCUGACACCGGCUGAGUGGCAGAGGCGGCUCAGGCUCCAUGAAUAAAAUGAAGCCACUCUCGACCAUUGUAAAACUUACUGUGCUCAUCUCCAUUCCAGCCCAUGCUCUCCUCGACUCCAGGUCAGCUGGCAACUUCAUCUCGGGUGCCCUCUGCCGCCAGCUCAAGCUCCAGACCACAACUACACCGUCCAUCUACAAGAUUCAUUCCGUGACUGGUCAACCCCUCAGCCGUAACCAUGUCCAGUUGAGUGCUGGUCCAGUCACACUUCAGGUUGGGCUAUUACAUGAGGAACAGCAACAUCUAUUAGUUCUGGAGGAUUCUACCUUACCUGUUAUUUUAGGGUGCCCAUGGUUGGAGCAGCACAAUCCCAUCAUUUCCUGGACCACCGGCAAAAUCCUGAAGAUUGACACCUGUUUCCCAGACUGUUUCCUGCACCGACCUCAACCUCACGCUCCUUGCUCCGAGAUGCUCCCUGUGUAUUCCACCUCCAUCGAGAGCCCGGUGGAGAAACAGUCUGUGGACGUCCCAUCAUGUUACGCCUCUUCAGUGAUGUUUUAUGCCCUUAGAAAGUCUCAAAGCUGCCUCCACACCGGCCAUGGGCCUGCGCUAUCGAUCUACUUCCCGGUGAGCCAGUGCCCCGCGGGAAGAUAUACCCAUUAUCCAUCCCUGAGCAGAAGGCUAUGGAGGAAUAUAUCAGUGAAGCAUUACACCAAGGCUAUAUCCGUCCCUCCACUUCCCCUGCUGCUUCCAGUUUCUUCUUUGUGGCCAAAAAGGACGGAGGAUUGCGACCUUUCAACUACUGGGGCCUCAACAAAAUCACUGUUAAGUUCCGUUAUCCACUUGCCCUCAUCCCAGCGGCUCUGGAACAUCUUCCACUGUCACUGCCACUGUCUUCAAGUGGGACCUCUGCAGCGCUUACAACCUCAUUCGAAUACGUGAGGGGGACGAGUGGAAAACAGCCUUCGUACCUCCCACAGGACACUAUGAAUAUUGUGUUAUGCCUUAUGGCCUGGUCAACGCCCCCUCCGUAUUCCAGGACUUCAUCCAUGAGGAGCUCUGGGAGUUCCUCCACAAGUUUGUCCUGGUCUACAUCGACGACAUCCUGAUCUACUCCUGGAGCAUGGCCCGAACAUCGCCACCACGUUGCGAAGGUCCUGAAACGCCUGAGAGAGUUCCAGCGCUUCCUAAAAUCUAAGAAGUGUUCCUUCCACCAACCCUCAGUGCAGUUUCUGGACUACAACAUCAGCAGCAGUGGCAUCCAGAUAGAUGAGGGGAAGGUCGACGCCAUAAAGACCUGGCCCACUCCAUCGACCAUCAAAGAUUUCUUGGAUUUGCCAACUUCUACAGAUGAUUCAUCCAGGGUUACAGCUCUAUUGUCUAUCCACUUACCAACCUACUCCGUAAUAAGCCCAAGUCUCUGUCCUGAUUAGCAGCUGCGAAUGAAGAAGGAACCCUCCAUCAUCAACGGAUGCGUAAGAUAAAGGACAGUAUCUGUGAACAUUCCACAUCCUAAUAAUAAUCCAUUACCU